AAUAUAUAAAUGUGGAUUUCGGGCCUCUGCCUUUUUCUUCUUUCGCGUGUAAUUCCCGAACAGAAAACCUACUCACAGAAGUUCUCCUCAAAAAACCCUUACAAACACACACUUAAACCAUUGGAGAUUGAUUGAGAUUUUACACAGCGAAAAGUGUUUCUGUAUCCGAUUAUCUCUACUCCAAUUCAUAUACAAUGUCCACUUUUUAGCGGACAAGUUUGAGUCUGAGAGGUGCAUGGAAGGGCAUUGAAUCUGGAAAUGAGUGUGAGGACAUGGUUAAUGGAGAGGAGAAUAGUUGCUUGUUCCCUUCCACAUUGGAAUGGUCAUGCUUAAAAGUAGUUGCAAAGUUUUUGUUUGUCAAAGUUUUCAGUAUCACUUGUUCGGGGAGCUUGUGCAAUGUCUCGGUGCUUUCCAUUUCCACCACCUGGAUAUGAAAAGAAACCCACAACCGAUGAUGCCGACUUGCUGAAGAAGGAGAAGCGCAAAGAGAAGAAGCAUAAAAAGGAUAAAAAAGAUAGAGAGAAAAGAGAAGGUAAAGAAAAAAAGGACAGGAGUGAUGGGAAGCAUAAAGAGAAGAAAGACAAGAAAGAUAAACACAGGGACAAGAAGAAAGAUAAGGAGAAUGGAAAAGAUAAGGAGAAAGGCAGGAGCAAUUACUCAGAUGAGAAAAGAGUUGAUGGACAAUUUGAGGGUCCUAAUGCAGAGAUGCUUCAUCAGAAAAAUGAGCAUAAUAAGCAAAAGGACGGUUCUUCAGGCCACAAGAAAUCAUCCGUGCAGUUUCAAAAUGGGGAACCCAGAGAGCUGCUUCUUAGGAAGGAAGAAUCCUGUAAAGAAAAUUGCAAUUCCUUAGAUGAUAAAAAGUCAUCUGUAAAAUUAUGGGGUCAAAAUGAAGAAUUGCUGGUUCGGAACAGAAUUCAGGCUGAGGAUAUCAAUAAUUCUAAAUUUGUGCAGGAGUUAGGUAGAAGAAUUAGAGAUGAGGAAAAAAGAACAGGCAGCCUCCAGUUUCCUGUUGAAAGUAGAAAAAUAAGUGUCGACAGAGGUGAGAUUCCGAAAACGGAUGGGCCACGAAUCACCAAUGAGGUAACGUUUGGCCGACUGGUAAUGGUCCAAAAUAUAAUUGAUGGUACAAUGCCUCCUUUGGAUAAGUGGGCAGACAAAAAGGUCGAGGACAAAGAGAAGAUGCGAGAAAAAGAAAAUGAUGAUAAACGAGGAGAUAAACGAAAGAACAAAGAUAGAGACAAGCAAAGACAGGGGAAGGACAAAGAUAAGGACAAGGAUAGAACAAAGGAGGAGAAAAUGAAGAAAGCAAGCAAGCUUACAAAGACAGAGAGGGACAAAAAUAAGGAUAUGAAGAAUAGUGGCACCAUUGGUUCUCUUAAGGAUUUGUCCACACAUUCUCCUAACAUUGGUCUUCAACGUGCUGGUAGUGAGCUGAAGAAAAGAAAAGAUGUGGAGACAAAUGGUUUUUCUCAUGAGAAUGAACCUAGGCCAAACAAAAUGGCUCGUCCCACAUCUAGUAUCUUGACAGAGAACGGAAGGAAACAAGAUUUUCUCCAAAACCCAGGAUUAAGUCUAGCAGGUAAGCAAGGGACAACAAUGGGUAGUUUUAAGGUGGAUAGUAAAGAACGGAGGGUCAAUGGCGUAAUUCCUUCCCAACCAAUGACCAUCACCUCUAAAAAACCGCCAAUCACUACUGCUAAUCACAUUCUGUGCAAACCCACCACAAUAAAGUCGCCACCUGUAAGUAUAGAUCAUGUGGCAACUAAACAAUCGCCCAUCCCUACAACUAAGCCACCAUCUUCAGUUCCUAAUCAUAUUCCAACUCAGCCAUUUUCCGAUCCUUUAACAAAAACAUCAUCUACAGUUGCUAAUCAAAAUCUAGCACAUUCACUGCCCAUCUCCUCAACAAAGCCAUCUCCUGUUGUUGCUGUUGCUAAUAAAAUUGCAGCACAACCGUUGCCCAAUUCCAAAAAGAAACCACCGGCUGAAGCAUCAAUCAGACCACCACAUCCCGAUAUCAAAUAUUUGAAGCAAAUACUCACAGUUCCAAAAAUGGAGCAGUGGUCUGGUCUAGAUGACCAAGAGUGGUUAUAUAGCAGCAGCAAAGGUGAUCCCCAUUUCAAAAAGACAACCAAAGAUGAUGCUUUACAAGAUAACAAAGAGCUUGAGGUAUGGUCUGAAGCUAAGCACUUGGAAUCUGUUGAUAUUUGUGCUUUGCCAUAUGUUAUUCCCUACUAGUUGAUGUUUUAUCAACUUGGGAGUUCAAUUAUGAUUGUGGGAAAAGCUCUCUUUCGAAGGACCAAAAAUCUGGUUUGCUUUUGAGAUGAAACGGGGACUUUUGAAUCACAAUUCUUCCGGAAUGACUUUCAUGAAACUGUGAUGUGGUUUCUGGGGUUGUUCACCCGUGAUAAAGCUGAGCCUUUCGUGAAACUAUGAUGUGGUUUGCACCAUUGGGUAACGAGAACUAAAUUCUUGAAAUGGAACAUUUCCAUCGGGUCGAAAUGGUGAGGAAUGAUAAGCAUGGAAAGAUGCAUUUUUGUGGCUUCUGCUUGUGAAGAGAGUGUCAAGAAACUUGUAUGCAGUCUUGCAACUUCACCACAAUUUUGGUUUGUAAUAUAGAAGUAUUUACAUGAAAUGUAAGAUAGGGGGGAA